AUGCCCACAGACCUCAUCGAAAGUCUGCUCGCAGAGAUGAGCCGCACGAGGCCCUCAGACAUGAUGCCUCUGAAGGCGGAGCCUGGCGAGGCAAGGAGCCUUGACAUCCCGCCCUUCCCAAGCUACUCUGUCGAGCCCGAAGGACUUCCCGUUGCCAGCAACCCGACCAAAUACCCAGUCCCGAGGUCAUUCACCGGUGGUCCCGUUCCAGCCCCAGGGACCCCUCAAGACCGUUUUGCAGCUGUUCUGGGCCACCCUCGUUACGGCUCUGUGCCCACGGCUCUCAUGGCCAUGGGCUUCAGUGCGGACCAGCCUUACCAAACUCACCCAAAUCAACAGCCUUCCGCACUCAACAUGCAGUUUUCUGCUCCGGGUGUUGACAUCCCUGGAGCCCUCCCCGCGUCCCAGUCGAUGGCCAACUAUGUUCCGCCCGCACUGCGGCAGACGCCAUCAGGAUCAAACGGGAGGUCCGACAGCAGUGGUAGUGGCCGAGGCCCUACUCUGCCUGAGCGUGGCGCCCCAGUAACCACCUGGCUAAGUUUCGAGUGUCAACGGCGUCAUUUCAAUCCCGAGUUCAAGACCAAGGAAACCUUCACCAAGGAUGGUAGACCCAAGUACCAGUCAACCGUGAUUGUGAAGGACAUUGUGAUUAAUAGCAAUUCCCUUUUCGACGACCCUGCAGCCGCGAAGGCGCAUAUCGCCGACAAGGCACUCCGCUACAUCCGUCGGGAAUGGCCCAGAAACGGAUUGCCCGCCUCCUAUGGCGGCACGCCCGAACCGACCGCCGUGAGGACCAAUAUGGAAGAUCUUGGCCGGCGCCAGGAGGAGCUGAGGCAGCUGCUCAAGCAACGCCACCAGGCGAAGAGCAUAGAGUCGAAAAAGAGUGGCAGCAGCCCUCCAGUGUCUGCCAGCGUGGACAUGUCAGAUCCCGCCCAAGCUCAGGCCUUUGUGGAAGGCUUCAAUGUCGGCCGCCUGGCAGGUCUGCGGGAGGCUUCUGGAAGUGGCGCCUCGCCCCCCAGCAUCCCGCAGUCCCGCCGACGGUCUCGAUCUCCAGGCCGUGGCCGGAGCAGUUCACAGAGCAAGGCGGAGAAGGCAGAGGAGCCCUACCGGCAGCGUUCACCAAUCCGUAAUGCCACCAGGACAAGUCGCACUGCUCCAUCGCCCCCUCGAUACUUCGAUGGCAGUCGCCACGACGCCCGCCUGCCCUCGACCGACAGGUACCGACCCCGUAGCUCUCCAUCGAGGAAAUGA